AUGGCUUAUGCUUUGGCUACCUUAGCGGCAAUGUUUAAAGAUAAUAAGAGAACGAACAUGAUACCAACAAAGAUGCAAGUAUACGAGAUCCUGGCCCACUGCUAUCACCUAGAAGAAGAAAUAGAUGGCCGCCAUUCAUGGUACCACAAUAUCUUACAUUAUAUGAGAUACCAAACGUAUCCUCCUGGUGUAUCUGAAAUUGACAAGAAAACAAUCAGAAGAAUGGCAGGCAUAUACUUCCUUGAUGGGGAAAUCUUGUACAGAAGGGACAGUGACCUAGUUUUACUGAGAUGUGUAACUACCAAAGAAACAAAGAAUAUGAUGGAAGAGGUGCAUGGUGGAACGUGUGGAACACAUGCAAAUGAUUUAUCUAUGGCCAGAAAGAUUAUGAGAUAUAGAUACUAUUAG